AUCGUCUUCUUCUUCCUCUGGAGUACACCAAAAACCAGUAACGGCUUUGCUCCCAAAACCAUGACCACCCUCUCUCCUCCUCCUCCUCCGAGUUUCAAUCCUCUAAAACUCGCUCCCAAAUCCCUCAUUCCACCCAAACCCGCCUCCGCCUCCGAACCCGACCCGUCCAUUACAGAAACCCCAACCCCAGGCCCAAACCCGACUCCAUCCCCCACCACCCUCCUCCACCUGGCUUUCAACCAAGACCACACCUGCUUCUCCGCCGCCACCGACUCCGGCUUCCGCGUCUACACCUGCGACCCCUUCCGCCGCGUCCACAGCGACCCCGCCGGUCCACGCGGCGGCGUCGGAUUCGUCCAGAUGCUCUUCCACUGCCACUACUUCGCCAUCUUCGGCGGCGGACCCGACCCGUUCUGCCCGCCCAACAAGGUCAUGAUCUACGACGAUCGCCAGUCCCGCUGCGUCAGCGAGCUCUUGUUCCGGUCCGAGGUCAAGUCGGUCAGGCUCCGCCGCGACCGCAUCGUCGUCGUUGUUCUCCACAAGAUCUUCGUCUACGAUUUCAACGCUUUGAAGCUGUUGGAUUCUAUUGUGACCGUGGAAAACCCUAAGGGACUGUGUGAGGUCUCGCAUAAUUCCGGGCCGGCCGUGCUGGCGUGCCCCGGCCUCCACCAGGGGCAAAUUCGGGUUGAGCAUUACGGGUCGAAGCGGACCAAGUUUAUAACGGCACAUCGCUCCGCUCUGGCGUGCUUUGCUCUCACUCAUGAUGGUCAGUUUCUAGCGACGGCGAGUAGUAAAGGGACUCUGGUCAGAGUUUUCAAUACUUUGGAUGGUACAUUGCUCCAAGAGGUGAGGAGAGGAGCAGACAAGGCGGAGAUUUACAGUCUUGCUUUCUCUUCCACUGCCCAAUGGCUAGCUGUCUCAAGUGACAAGGGUACUGUCCAUGUUUUCAGCGUAAAGGUUGACUCAGGAUCUUUGGGGAAUGAUGGAUCAUGCGGUACAUCAGAAAUUAGUGGUUCUAAUUCAUCAGGCAUUUCAUCUCUGUCUUACAUCAAAGCUGUCCUUCCAAGGUAUUUUAGUUCAGAAUGGUCAGUGGCCAAAUUUCGCUUGCAGGAAGGUGUACAGUACAUUGUUGCUUUUGGCCACCAGAAGAACACAGUUAUCAUUGUUGGCAUGGAUGGGAGCUUCUAUCGAUGUCAAUUUGACCCUGUGAAUGGAGGAGAAAUGAUUCAGCUUGAAUAUUCCAAUUUCCUAAAGGCGGAAUAGAAUUUCGGGGUUUUGGCAUAUACACAACGUUUUUGGUAGGGAUCUCUGGUUUUGUGAUAGAAGGGAGAAGGAAGAUACAUGGAGUGCAAAAUGUGGCCUCAUUAUAACCUAGCCUGAAAGGAGAACCACGGACUUCCCUGAAGGAUUACAUUUCUAACAUAUCAGAUUAGACUCGAGUAAUCAACCAAUGUGGUGGAUAAUCAUACCAAGUUGAUCAAACAUCAACUUACAGCAGUAGAAGUUACAGAAUGCACCAUCAAAUUAUGGUUUUUUUGUUAUACUAUGCUUUCUUUCGUACAUUCUUUUUUAAAUUCCAUAGGUGAAAGUUUGUAAAUUAUGCAGUUCUCAUCCCGUAGUUCUGUACAUUUGAGAAGAUUAAUACUAGGAAACAAGUAUGGCAA